UACCCCUCCUUCCCUUUCUCUCCCGUGGCUCAGCGUCAUCAGUAAGAGUUGAUGACGCUUGCCUGUAACAGCAGAGAAAGGCAGUUCCCUAACCAUGCAACCCAUUGAUGAUAAACUCCACUCUCCCCUCACCCCCCCCUGCAUCUCACCUGCCCACACACUCUUCAGUUACUAUAUAAAGAGAGCCACAAGCUACAGUUCUUUAAAUCAGAACCCAGAGACAGUCAUCAGGAGAACAGAACAGGAAUACCACAUUAUUUGGGAAAAGAAGACCUCCAGUAGAUUGGAAGACGAAGACGAGAAGAGGAAAGAAGAACGGGGCUCUCUGGACUGACUUAUUCAGCACCCCAGGGACCCCAUCCAAAAUGUAUCGGUCUACGAAAGGUGCUUCAAAAGCCAGAAGGGACCAGAUUAAUGCAGAGAUUCGAAACUUGAAAGAUCUUCUUCCUAUCUCUGAAGGAGACAAAGUGCGACUAUCUUAUCUCCACAUUAUGUCACUUGCCUGCAUUUACACCAGGAAGUCUGUUUUCUUCUCAAGAGCUCAACAGAUGCAUGAGUUAGAAGGUCUUCUGUCCAACCAAGACAUACAAGAUUUUGUCCACAACCUUCCAGGAUUUCUACUAACCUAUACAAGUGAAGGAAAGCUGAUAUACGUGUCAGAAAACGUGACUGAUCACCUAGGACAUUCAAUGGUUGAUCUGGUUGCUCAAGGAGACAGCAUAUAUGACAUAAUUGACCCCUCAGAUCAUUUUGUUAUGAGGAAUCAGCUGGCUCUCCCAUCAUCUCUUGAUAGUGAGAGAAUGUUCAGGUGUAGAUUCAAUACCUCAAAGACAGCCAGAAGGCAGAGUGCAAGUAACAAGCUCGUCUUGAUACGAGGAAGAUUUCAGCCAUCCCCACCUGGCACCUACUGGUCUUCAAAUCCUGUCUUUACAGCCUUCUGCAUUCCUCUUGACCCAAAGCCCAGAGUAACAAAUAACUAUUUCUUAAUGGACUUUUUUGAGAGCCGCCAUGCCAAGAAUCUUUCCCUGCUGGAUGUUUCAGAGAGUUCAGAGCUGCACUUAGGCUAUGACAAGAAUGAUAUGAUCUGCAAGUCGUGGUACAACAUCAUUCAUCCUGAAGACCUCACCCAGCUGUCUACACAACAUUACAAGCUAUUAAAUGACACAAGUGAAUGCAGAGCAGAAGUGGUGUUACGUCUGCAGAGAAAAGAUCUUCAGUGGAUAUGGGUGUAUUCUCUUAUGCUUCUUGAAAACACAGAGGCUCCAAUCACAUCCUAUAAUUAUAUUAUAAGUGAGGCAGAAGCCUGGUGCCUGAAACAACAGCUAACUACAGAGGAGUCUCCACUUUCCUUCUCAGUGAGUGGCCCUCCAUCAUAUCAAGAGACCCUCCUCUCCCCAGGAGACCUUUCCAGCCCUGAUCAAGUGUUCACUCCCCUUGCGAACACACCUACAAGUAUUAGUCAAACCUUUGAGUUUUCAGAGCCUGUUCCAGUCAGUCCUGAAGACCCUGUUUUGUGCCAGAAUACUGCACCAAUUAUGGAAGACUCUGUUGCGACUGACAGCCAAGUAGAAAAUCAAUCUCUUUUUAGCCUUUAUCAGUCAACACCAUAUGAUCAAAGCUUUAGAAGUGAACAAGCUGGAACAACACUUCCCAAAGACUUUACCUGUACUCCUCCAUAUACCCCACAUCAGAACUGUAGUUUCCUAUUUGGGGUUCCAGAAAGUGCUCCACAAACAUCUUCUGAACAGGACUCAACUACCUUAAAUCCAGAAGUGUACUACUCCUACUGCAGCUCCCUCUAUGAGAAGCUGCCCCCAACUCCAGAUAGUCCUGGGGAAGGUGGAGACUGCACAGUUAUGACAGUACCAGAAAUCCCAGGCCCUCUUUUUGUGGAUCUGCCAAUGCUUCCUGAGGGGUUAGUGACUCCUGAAACUUCACCAAUUAAUCAAGUCAUCUUCAGGUAUUCAGAGCAAGAGAAGAAUGAGAUAGACUUGUUGGUCAAACAGAUUGGCUCCUUAGCCAAUGUGUUCAGUAAUGUGGCUAAUAAGGAACUCCCGUGCUCUGAGAGCAUGAUUUUGAGUGGCCAUGGACUGGCAUACCGAAGUAUUUCUCUCCCUGCCAGUCUUCCAGAAGCUGAUUCUACUCCUAACUUUCCUCGAUCCUGGAAGAGCAUAGACCUCUCUCUUUUCUUGACAUGUCAAGAACAACCUCUCUCUACUGCUAAUCAUACAGUUUGCAGCCUUUUCAAAGACUUUCCUGACUCUCCACCCUUUGCACCCAUGGGGUCUCCUUGCAGCCCCUUGGAGGAGGAUGAAAUACAAGGGGACCUCUCUGUAUCUCCAUCCAUGAUUUCAAACGCGACAACUGAUCUGUCGCCAGAAGAAUGUAACUUCUUAGAGGAACUGAUGUCCUACAAAACAGACCUUGAGGCAGGUGCCUCAGAGAUUCAAUGUGACCGGUAUAAUGAUGAGUUGUAUCAACUCCAGCUUCAGCUACAAGACGGCUUCCAGCAAGGUAUGUUACUAAUGAUAGUGCUAAAGAAAAUUGAUGGACAAUUAAUGCAUGCAAACCAAACACAGUUAAAAGCCUAAACAAUUAGAUAAUAUACAAAUCUCACACCCUCAUCUGCAUAAUAGAUUGAAUAACCUACCCAUUGAAUGACACUAUAGUGGGCAAACAAAAUGAUAAGCUAAGAAAACAUUGAAUCUGCUGUUGUUACCUGAUGUCGUUGAAAGUGUGUACUAAUUAUUGCUUUUAAUUUUUCCCCUACAGAUGGAAGUGGAAAACCUUCGUUUUAAAAUAAGUCUGUGACUUGCUUCGAUAUGUAUGGCAUAUUGUCAUAUCCUGAGCAGAAUUUUUCUGCCUUAUUAUGAACAAAAGAAGACGCACAAAAUGGGGGAGAAAACGACUUUCUGCGUCGUCAAUCUCUCCUGUUCAUCGCAUAUCUGUUUUGUUCCCUUUUUCUCUUUCAUUCCGCUACUCUCUUUUUUAUGGAAUUUGUGCACGUUUACAUAAUGCAAGAGACCUCUUUUGUUCUCAUUUGAAAAUAACAUUGAAAAUAAUGGCCCAUCCUUUGAAGUUACCUUUGUGUAUUAAGCCUGGACACAGAACACAUAUACAGAUAAAAACGAUCCUGAUACUUUUCUUUAGUAUUUAAACACAUGUAAAGAAAAUAUUUUCUUGCUAAAAGCAUUUGUUUAAACUUAGAAAUGGGAUGGGCCAUUGUUACAAAAACUUUGUACAACCUGUCAAUUUAUACAAAAAAAAAGGGUUUGCAGAACUGAAUAGAAAGAGAAAACAGGAGGGUAUUGUGUAAGGAAGUUGUAAGUAGUCUUACAUAAAACAAAAAUGUAUUCACUCGUAGUGAAACUAAAAAACAAUAUAUGGUAUUUAUUUUUGCCUAAAUUGCGACCAGUUCAAAGGUUUAUUUCCUGUCUAGCAUUCAAAACCCUUUAACCAUGAAUGUGGAACUAUGCCCUAAAGAUUCUAUAUAACAAGCAUCUGUAAAAACAUUUAAGACAUUUACUGUACCAAAACCCUGCAAAAUGUCAAUUUUUAACGUGAUUGUGCUGUAAUCCAAAGCAACUAAAUCAGUUAGCAGCUUUCAUCAGUCUCAUCAUAAUAGGCUCUUAAAAGCUGAUUAGUGCUGUGAAUUAUAGACCUUCUUGCAUUACCACUUAGGAGCUUAUUUUUUUUUCUCUUAAAUUAAAAGAGAAUUAAAUAUGUCUUAAAGUUAUCUCAAAUCACAUCUGAUAACUUAUGAAAAGUGUUCUAUCUAGAAAAGUCAACAUAGGCAUGCCAGUAUGUAUUACCUUUGCUGUUUUUUUUACAUUGCAAGAACUAGGUUUGAUGGCAGCCAGUCCCUAAUAAGCAACUGAAUCUAUGACAUAUUUUACCAAGUAA